GGGCCGCCGGCCAGUGGUCCAGGCAAUUGCAGUAUGUAAUUAUUCUUCAGGAAGCCACGUGAAACAGGUGCCAGCCCGUGUCGGAGCUGCGUUCCUGCAAAUGGCCCAGCCAUUUGGGACCAGGCUGACACCGGUAAUCGGAGGCUUGGUAAUCUAGACGUCUCCCGGUGAGUACUUUGAGUUGCUUAUUGACAUGCAGGCACAGUUAUGCUGCAUGCCUAGCCCUCACGCAACAGCUGCUAGUUAUCGCGCCACAGUCUGAGUCUGCAGGCCAGUCCCUCAUAUCUCCACGUCCAGACCCUAAUUAUAACGAUACCCAUCGUUAAUCCCCUAGACUCGCUGGCAAUCUGACCUGCCAGUUUACCUACCAUAACCAGCAAUCACGAUGGAUGGGGGCUUGUUCCGAACCCGAUGGCUCUCCCGCAAGAGCAGGAGGAAAACCGGCAUUAAUGAGAAGGAAACAGUUAACUUGGGGGCAGAAAAUGCCGUUGGCAACAUCUCGUCUCCCAACUCCGACUCCAGCUCCAAUUCCAUCCCCCCUGUCGACAUACCAACCACACAGACUGUCCUUCUUCUUCACGGAGUCAAGCAGCAAUACCAGCUGACCGACGGGUAUCCGGUGCCGGAUACAAGGCAAGACCACGAGCUUCUGGUGAGAAGCCACACAGUCGGACUGAACCCAAUAGAUUGGAAGGCUCCAGACUUCGGAUUCGGUAUUCCCGAGCUACCGUAUAUCUCCGGGCGAGAGGCAACGGGCGCAGUUGUGAGGGCAGCAAAGGCUCCAUCAAGGGUGAAGCUCGGGGAUCAGGUUAUCGUCAUCUCAACCGACUACCGGGACCAACGCAAAGGGACAUACCAAGAAUACGUGGUGGCAUCCGACUUCAAUGUCGUGCGAAUCCCGCCCCGUGUGUCCCUGAGGGAUGGGGCCACACUCGGCGUCGCCUACGUUGCAGCAUCGCUCGCACUCGGCGUGUGUCUCGGCAUCGAUUUCACGCACGUCCACGACGGCCCCGACCUCCUCGACCUCGUCCGAGCCCUCCCUCCGGGCACCCUCCCAUCCGACAUACGCGACGAGUGCCUAAGCGGCAUCCCGGCCUCCUCGCGAGCAAAGCCAGGCGACUGGAUCGCGAUAUGGGGCGGCUCGUCGACGUCAGCGACGAUAGCGAUCCAGCUCGCGCGCCUGGCGGGCCUGCGCGUCGCCUCCGUGGUCGACAGCGCCAAGCACGGCCUGCGGAUAUCCGACGACCCGGCACUGCGGCCCGACCUGCUCGUCGACAGCUACGACCCCGAGCGCGCCAUCGCCGUGCUCCGCGCCAACACGGGCGGGAAGCUGCGCUUCGGCAUCGACACCCGCGGCCGCGACACCGCAGAGCUGCUGCUCCGCGCCCUGGCGGCGGAGGAUGUCCAUCUGCAUAACGGUGCCGCUGAUGUCGAUUCCCCGCCCAGCACGCCCCCGACCGAGGCGGUGGCCCCGGCUCAUCUUGUUGGUUUGAGUGGUCUUCCGAAGGGGGGGAGGCCGGGUGGGGUGUUCUUUCAUGUUAUCCCUGUCAAGCUCUUCCAUGAGGUGCCAUCGAUAGGCGAGACGUUGUGUUCCUGGCUGGAGAGGCUGCUCGCCGACGGUGUUAUUGCUAUUCCGAGGAUCAUUGACGUGCAGGAAGGUCUCGGCAGUGUCAAUAAGGGAUUGGAUAGAAUGAGGAGGGGAGAAAUCAGCGGUGGAAAAUUGGUCGUUGGUCUGGCGACGUGA